AUGUCGGACUUUGAAUUUGAUGAUGAGGAGCAGAGAAUGCUGAUCAUGCGCAAGGCGUUCCAGAUGUUCGACACCGCCAAGACGGGCUUCAUCGAGACGAUCAAGAUCUCGACCAUCCUUAACACGAUGGGCCAGCUGUUCGACGAGGGCGAGCUGCAGGAUCUGAUCGACGAGGAGGACCCGGAGAGCACGGGCAAGGUCAACUUCGACGGCUUCGCCAACAUCGCCUCCAACUUCCUGCAGGAGGAGGAGGACGCCGAGGCGAUGCAGCAGGAGCUGAAGGAGGCCUUCCGGUUGUACGACCGCGAGGGCAACGGCUACAUCACGACCAGCACACUGAAGGAAAUCCUGAAGGCGCUCGAUGAUAAACUAUCCAACGAGGACCUGGACGGCAUCAUCGGGGAAAUCGAUACCGACGGUUCCGGAACGGUCGACUUCGACGAGUUCAUGGAAAUGAUGACCGGAGAAUAAGCCAUCCGAGGAUCGCCAACCAUCGUUCUCAUCCAACGAAAUCGGAGCCAGGCUAUCUCGAAGGAUGGUUGAGGGCCACCCGCACAAGCACACACACACACCCAAGGUCCCGUUCAUCGACGGACGCAACAAGCAAGGUGCCAUCGUUCCAUCGACAAUCGGCGCAGGACAAUUUGUUUUCUUCUAUUUUAUAGAACAUUAUAGAACUACUCCGUACUAUGCACCAUUUGUUUCAUCCGAAUGUUUCUUGUGCAGCACCCAUGUUUUCCUAUCUAUAAACGAUAAACAAAC